AUGGUUACAUUUUAUUUAUAUUUAUUAUCGGAUUGUCUAGUCUGACAAACAAAAAUGAAAAGAAUAAUCAAAUGUGGCGCCAGGUAAUGCAGACAUGAGAGGAUGAAUAAUAAUAACCGGAUGGGUGCCGUCGUUUCUCUGCAUUGGGCGUAGUUCAUCUAUUAUGAAUUUUUUUUUCGUUUUCGUCAUCGCUUAUCAUGAAUAAAAAUCGUCGAAAUUUUUCAUUCAUUCGUUCAUUCGGUUGUAGUCAUUUUCAUUUCAUGUUCCUGUGAGAAUAUAAUUUAGACCAGAAUUUUAGACCAGAAAAAAUAAAUUUUUGAUUUUUUUUCUAAUCGUUGAACUUGAUGGUUGGUUGAUGAAUCCUUGAUCCAUAUCCAAAUCCAUAUAGAUUGAUGAUCAUCAUUAACGGAAAUUGAUCAAUUACAUUGAUAAUGAUGAAGGUGAUUUUUCGUUGUUUUUCAAUAAAAAAAAUCGAUGGCAAAUUGAUGUCAUGGUUUCGUGGAGAUUGUAUAAAAACAUUUGAAUCAGCGAUGUGUGCACUAAGAUUACAAACAAAUACCAAAAAAAAAAAUUCCUAUAAUCAUGAAACCAGAAAUUACUGCCACAACAACAUUAUCCUUCAUUCUUUUUGUGUUAGGUUCACGUUUGAUUAAUGGAAUCAGUAAUAUAACAUAUCCUGGAAUCGGUACAUUUACAAGUAAAGAUUUCAAACAUCCAAUAUAUCGACCAAUUGUUUUAUUGCCUGAAUCUCCAGAAGAAAUUGGUCCAUUAUUUUUGCUUCAUACCAGACGAAAUCGUUAUGAACCAGUAAAAUUCGCUUAUGACGAAGAUUCACAACAAUUUCCUGUUUUUUUUGAUCCAAGAAAACCAACAUGGAUUCUGAUGCAUGGUUUCAAUCAUCAUAGUCUUAAACCAUGGAUGAAUAUCUUUAAAGACACGCUACUUGAUUUGGAUGAUUUCAAUGUUUUUAUUGUCGAAUCACGACGAUCAGAAUCUGGUAUUUCAUAUUCACUUGCUGUUGCCAACAUACGUGUUGUUGGCAUUAUGGUGGGAAAACUUGUUGAAAAACUUGUGAAUCAAUUUGAUACUAACCAUACGACGACCAAUGUAAAUUCUUCAUCGUAUGAAUCAUUCACACUGGUUGGACAUUCAUUAGGUGCACAUAUUGCUGGUUAUGCAGGGAAAUAUCUAAAUGGCUCAAUCGGUCGUAUUUAUGGUUUGGAUCCAGCUGGACCAUUUUUUAAAAAUCAUCCAGAUCCUAAUUCCCGGCUGUGGCAUACAGAUGCCAGAUUUGUUUUCAACAUUCAUACGAAUGGUGGAACGAUUAUACCGGGAUUUUCAUCAGGCAUGAUGGAUACUUGUGGCCACGUUGAUCUGUAUAUGAAUGAUGCACAUCAUCAACCUGGUUGUCCGAAAGAAAUUGAAAAUGACUUGACAUUUGAUUCUUGUCAUCAUCGUCGUGCCAUAUGGCUGAUGAUUGAAGCUGUGUCCGGUGCUAGAAUACCAGCCAUUGGUUAUGAUUGUGAUUCAUGGGAAUCAUUCGUACAAGGCCAAUGUGUUUAUGAUUGUAAUCGUGAUCCAUUCAGUUGUGUACGAUUAGCACCGAUUAAUCAAUCUGUCGCCGUUGUUGAUAAUUCAUUGAAUCAAAUUACUGUUGGCCGUCGUUAUUAUAUGAUUACAGCUAAUGAAAAGCAAUUUUUCCGUUAUCAAUAUCUAAUCAAAUUCGAUAUGAAAUAUGAUACAAAUCAAUUUUCUGGUAUGGAUCCAAUUUUGCGACGUGUAACGAUUCGUGUAAGGAAUCCAGAAAAUGAUCGUUAUGAAGUUUUGGAUCUAAUUACAUGGUCAGAACCUUGUGCAGAUGUGGGUAAAAGUCGAGCCAUCGCUCUAUAUAGCGAUUUGGAACAAUUGAAAAAUAAUCUCGAAAUACGAUGGGAACGUUUCUUGUGGAUUAAAAAAACCAGAAUGUUUAUCAAUAGUAUUACUAUCACAAGUUUAUCUUGUAAAAGUUGUGAAUGGCCAACACCGAAAAUGAUACGAUUAAUACCAUCAUCGGCAUCACCGUCGUCGAUGACAGAGGAAAUGGAUGGAAUUGUGAAUGAUGAAUGGAUAUCAUUUCAAUCGAUCGAUAAUCAAUGAAUCAAUGAAUAAUUUAAAAAUUUUAAAAAUGAAAAAAAUUAAAAAUAAAAACAAAAACACAAGAUGGCAGCACAUUUGGAAUAAUUCAAUCAUGGAAAACAGUACUACCAUCUAUCUGAAAUGAUUGUAAAUAAAAUUGACACAAAAACAAAAACCAAUACACA